AGUUUUUUGAAAUGCGUUUUGUUGAGUUCUUGCUACUGCUAAGUGUCGGCUUCGUUGGCUGCCAAGGAAGGGUGCUGCUCAACUAUAGUCUGGGCAUCGACUCCGCUGAACUGGUGACGAAUCCUUGCCAGGAUGUACGUUUAGCUGGCUUUAUUUGCGUGGACUGCAGCACUCUAGGCUUCUGCUCCUAUAUCAACGGACAGUGGCAAACUGUGGAGAUGUCCAGUUGCCAGUCGGAACGUGGCUUCUACUGCAGCGACGAGGAGACCUACGGUUGCACGUGGCAGCCACGUUGCAAGGUGCCGGUGCGUGGCAAGUUCUACUGCCAAGGUGAAGGUGUCUAUCCCGAUCCCUACGACUGUCGCAGCUACCACGAGUGCAGUGCCGCCAAUGUGGACACGCCACGUCAGUGCACCAAUGGGGCAGCUUACUCGCUGCUCACGCAGAGCUGCAGCUUGCCACGCGACAGUGAACAGUGCUCGCAGAAGCAGUACAGCUGCAGCUAUCUGGGGCAGACAGGCGUUUGGGCUGCCAAUAGCAGCUACUACUAUAUCUGCCAGCAGGAGGAGACUGUCUUCUAUCCGCUGAUGAUGAAGUGUCGCGAUGGCUACACCUUCAAUGGUCACAGUUGUAGUUCUCCUGUGCAGACAAGAGCCGUGCAGCAGCAACAGGAGAAACAUCUGGAUAGGAAGCUUGUGGUCUGCAGAGAUGGUGAACGCUUCGCUUCGGACAAUCCCAAUGCCUACUUUGCUUGCCAUGCUGGUCAGCUGGCCUUCCACUCGUGCCCUAUUGGUCACUACUUCGAUGCCGUCUUCAAGAUGUGUCGCUACAAUGCCGAUAGCUGUGAGGAAGGCGAAUCCUCUGUAGCUGAUAGCAAGUAUGGCUUCAACUACUGCCUGCAUGGCCAGCUCAUCUAUCAGCGUUGUCCCAUCAAGUACUACUUCGAUGAGGAUGCUCAAGCUUGUCGCCAGCUGGCAGAGACUUGCAGGGACUUUAGCACUUCGCCUGCCGAGACAGCUGCUGGUUUCUACACUUGCAUUAAGGGACAACUGCACUACCAAUUGUGUCCCGCGGAGACAGCUUACUACGAUGAACAACGCGAUGUCUGUGUGCAGAGAGAUUUGCCUGUCUACUUUUGAUAGAGAAACGGUUUCUUAAAUAUCAGUUCUUCCCCUAUUUAUCAUUGAACAAUGUAUUAUCUGCACUUUCCUAAAUGAAUAAAUUUCAAAUGCAAGCGUCA